AUGCAACCCAAAAAGGCCGUGAAGAAGGUGUGGAGCGCCCGAUCGAAGCAGGAGAGGGUUGACGAUGCUAUCAUGAACACAAAUGAUAGUAGUAUUGUUUCGAAGAGAAGUGUGUGCAAGCUGUACAUGCCACAUGAACCGGACUUCUACGAACCAUUCACCACCAAAUUCAUCAGAAGAAAUCCUCUAAUUAACCGCGGAUACUGGCUGCGAAUGCACGCAAUCGAACAAGUGAUUCGCCGAUUUCUCGAGGAGGAUAAUGGAAGGUCCAAGGUCGUGGUGAAUCUGGGUUGUGGAUAUGAUCCCCUACCAUUCCAGUUCUGGCACCGACACCCAGCGCUUUCCCAAAGUGCUACUUUCGUGGAUGUCGACUAUCCGCAGCUUAUCGCGAGAAAACGUGACCGCAUGCUAGGCAAUGAGCUACUACGCAAUGCACUGUUUGAGACAAACUUGUGUCCAUCGCAAGCACCCAUCUAUGUCCGCAGCAGCCGCUACCUAGCGCUCGGCUGCGAUCUCAGGGAUCUGGAGACGCUGGAUCGUCUACUACGAGCCGAAGUAGACGCUACAAACGCUUCAUUCCUUUUUGUUGCCGAAGUGUCCGUGACCUACAUGCCGACCCCAGACGCUGACUCGGUCAUACGGUGGGCGAGCACCCUAGAAGAUGCUCGCUUCUGCCUGCUGGAGCAAUUCCUUCCCCAGGGAUCGGAACACCCUUUCGCACAAACCAUGCUGAGACAUUUCGUCAAACUGCACAGUCCCAUUCAUGCCGUCCAGCAGUAUCCUCUCUUGGACCAACAAGUAUCCCGGUUUGCAGACGCAGGUUGGUCACACGUGGAGAUUGCGCGCAAUCUGUGGGACCUCUGGUCGGACGAUGGGUUUACACCUCCGGAUUUGCGGCGAGAGCUUGAUACGGUCGAGCCGUUUGACGAAUGGGAGGAAUACGCUCUAUUUGCCGGUCACUACUUUCUCUUGGUGGCUUCAACGUCCAACAAGGGUAUUCCCCUCGAGACAGAUCGUGCCGUGCCAAGUGCCGGACCGGUCGACGUGCCGCUCAAAGUCCACCUGACACUGACGCACCACGCCCAAUCUCAAAUAGAGCUGCGUCGGUUCGGAGCUGCAGUUGCCCUUGGUGGAGACAGUGUUGCUUUUCACGGUGGACAGGGUGUCCAGACACGUCUGGCAAGCAUCGACAUGCUGGCACGGGACGUUCAAGGAACGCGCUUUCAGCCCUGCGAAUCGACGCCGCCGCAAGCACGCAUAUGUCACACUGUCACACCUCUAAAUGACACUUGUGCGUUGUUGGUAGGUGGUCGCGCAUCUCCAUCCCACGCACUUGCAGACUGCUGGUUGAUCACUCAAGGAAACUGGACGCAAGUCGGCGACUUACCUUCAGCUCGCUUCAGGCACAGUUGUGUGAAACUGAAUUUGCCAUCUCAAGAGUCCGAUGGCCCCGCAGUUGAGGCCGUUUUGAUCUUUGGCGGCAGAAACAGCGAUGGCACGGUAUUGGACGAAUGCCUGCUGUGGACACGCGAAAACGGCUGGAACGCCAUCCCGGUUGACGGCCCGCGUCCUUCUGCACGUUUUGGCGCGGCACUGUCAGCGAUGGGCGAGGCCCAGAGUUGGGGCGUUGUGUGUGGUGGAAUGGCCCCCAGCGGCGUAGUCCUGCAAGACCUCUGGGAGUGGCACAUCACUGCGGCGCCGUACCCACAGCUAAAAUUCGUCGACCGCACCAGUCAUAUCCUGUGUAAUACGGGAGUAUCUGUAUUCGGGCGGCUGGGAGCCAGUCUCCUCCCGCUUGGAGAGCACUUGCUGCUCAUUGGGGGCGUUUCGAAGCAGGGUAUCUUGAAAUUAACGCAGGACGUCCUGGUUAUAUCACGCGACUGCACUGGAGGUGACACUACAUACACUGUAGAAGUCCCGGCUCUGGACCUGCCUCAGCCGACCUGGCCUCUACUUGUGGGGACGAGCGCAGCUGCAGCGUCCGGCAAUGAGAUUAUUCUCGCCGGCGGUGGGGCCGUUUGCUUCUCCAUGGGGAGCUUCUGGAAUACAGGCCACUUUUCAAUCACCCUCCAAGGGGAAAAAGUGCGACCCUGGACCGUGGUUGUGUCUCAGUUGCCAGAGCCGAGCAGCGCAGGAGACCCACAACGGUCUUCUCAAGCUGAUGGCAAACAAUCGGCCAAGAAGAAGGGGGUCCGGCCCGCUCUGCCUCGCAGCAUUGACAUUGCUCGUAUUCGCAUCGACUCGUCUGAGGACUUUGCAAAGGUCCUUGCCGCUUCUAAACCUGUGAUCAUUGAAGGCCUCGAUAUCGGGCCAUGCAAGGAUCUAUGGACUAUAGACUACCUCAAGGAGAAGCUAGGCACAGAACGGGAAGUCGUGGUCCACGAGUGUGCUUCAGACCGGAUGACGUUCAAGGACAAGAACUUCUCCUACGUGAAGAAGCCCCUGGGAGACUUCCUCGACGGCAUCGCGGCCGGCGUCCAAACAUACCUGCGUGCCGUAUCAUCUGCCCAACCCAACAAACUCCCUACCAAGCUCGAAGACGACUUCCCAUCCAUAGCAGGGGACUUCAAGAUUCCCGAAGCCUUUGAAGUGAUUAAGACUACUCUACACAGUUCACCCCUGCGCAUCUCAGGCCCCGUAGCUCUCUGGCUACACUAUGAUGUCCUUGCGAACGUCCUAUGCCAGGUACGAGGCUCCAAAACCCUCCAUCUCUUUCCACCCGCCGACGCAAAGUACCUAUCCUACCCUCCCGGGAGCUCCAGCUCUAAUAUCGAUAUCCUCACCUCCAAAGACACGCGUCUCGCCCGCACGCACCCGCAUACCGCGCACCUGCGUCCUGGCGACGUCCUCUUUAUCCCGCCCAUGUGGAGCCACACUGCUGUCCCCGAGGACGGCGUGAGCGUCGCCGUCAACGUCUUCUUCCGGAAUCUGGACACCGGGUACGCAGCGGGGAAGGACGUGUAUGGGAACCGGGAUCUGCAGGCGUAUGAGAAUGGGAGGAGGGAUGUGGAGCGGAUAUUGAAGGCGUUUAAGACUGUUCCUGAUGAUAUGGCAAAGUUUUAUCUUGAUAGGUUGGCGAUGGAGUUGCAGGAGAGGGCGGAUGCUGUAGGGAACAGUGCGCAAGGCGGAGAGUGA